AUGCAUACCUACCCAACCAACGGGUGGAAUGAGCCCCAGCCCCCGUUUUACCAAGACCUGGGGGUAACAGAAGAUAUGUCCACUGAACUGAUUCUUGACGCUUUUCAUCAACAAGUAUGGUGUGAUCCAGACCGAGCUUCCUACUACUUCAAAUGCCUACGCUCCAUCGGCAACUGGAGAGGAGAUAUCGAAGGCAGAGGUAUAGCUCGAUUUGUCGAACGGCAAUUCGCUGAGGGAAAGUACCCCGAGCACGAAAUCCCCGAGGCUUAUCGCUAUUUCCACCUUGAUAUCACUGAUGGCAGUCUCACCGAUGAUACGAUAAUUGGAUCGUUCUUUGCGCGAUUAGAAGAUUCUCCUGACGAGGCAGAGCCACGGAAGCGUCUUGCCAAGAUUGGUGAAUACCGCCGCAGCCAUGCGAUAAAGGCAGUCGCAGAAGAAAAUCUAUCCAACGUGCAAGAAGCGUUGGAUUAUCUCGGUGCCAAUGAGAAUACCCCGGACGACUUCAUUAUCUCGAUGUACUGUGCAAAGGUCGACGAUCUGCCAGUCGCAAUUACGCUUGCGAAACGUGCAGUUUCAAUGAUCGCUGAAGCGCGAAACUCGGAGCGAUUAGAAUACUUUCUUCGUACUGAUGAGAUGCAACCACCGGAAAUGGACAUUGGAGAUGCCUAUAGACUCUUUCAAAUUUCUGACCGGACAGUGGAUGAUGAUUCUAUCCUUGCUGCCUUCCAAGUUUUCGCCACAGAAGACCCCGGACAGGUCGAGCUUUAUCGAAAGGCGCUUAAGCUUAUUGCUGAUGAAACACAAAGUGUACGGCUGAAAAAGGAGCUUGGGGAGGAUCUAAUACCGGAAGACGUUAAUCUAAACGAAUGGCCUGUGGGUUUGCGGAAUAUCGGCAACACAUGCUACUUGAACAGCUUGCUCCAAUAUUAUUUUACGCUCUCACCGUUUCGAGAUAUGGUCCUUUCUUCUGAGCAGCAGUUAAUGGAGCUAGAUGACGAAAGCUUGCAGCUUCUUCGUGAGCUCAAAUCGCUAUUUGAAGAUAUGACCACGUCGCCAACGCGCUACAUAACUCCAGGCCAAGAGCUUGCAAGGUUGACACUUCUUAGUUCCACAAAUGAGGCUGAAAUUCGACGCAAGUCGCUGGCCGGACCUAGCUUGCCAAUCUACGGUCCUUUUCUACCUCCAGACAUGGACCUUAGCGGGGCGGGACACUCUGCCAAAGCAUCAGGAAGCGAAGAUAGCGAGACAACUCUGGUACCUCCUUCGAGCAAUGGCGAAGCUGGGGACGACGAUAAAGAAAACGCAGAUCCUCAUGUGCCGGGGGCCGUCAUCGACCAUAGGAGCACGGAGGCUAAUGGGAUGCGCGAGGCAGACGAACCUCAACCAAAGGCGAUGAACGCCCCCGAUAGACCACCACCUGUGCCACCUCGACCAGGCUCUAAUGACAUGAAAAAGGAAUUGGAAAUUGGUGCCCAGCAGGAUGUGACGGAAGUCAUCAACAAUGUACUUUUUCAAGCACAAUGUGCUAUCAAGCCCAGAUCAUACGAUGAGGAUGGUGGGCAACUUGAUAUCGUUACAGAGCUUUUCCACGGCAGGACCAAGUCAUAUAUUACGACGCCUAAUGGUGUUCGCUGCAAAGAAGAGACAUGGUCCGAUAUCAAGGUGGAUGUUGCAAGAGAAUCUAGUGAUAUAUACUCGGCUCUUGACGGUGCUUUCGAUAAGCAGAACGUCCAUGUUGACGGUGCGGACGCGGAGCAACACGGUACUAUCAGCGCUCUUCCACCUGUCUUGCAAAUUCAGAUCCAACGGGUGCAAUUCGACCAAGUCCAGAUGAAAUCAUUCAAAUCAAACAACCACUUGGAAUUGAAAGAGACGAUAUAUCUUGAUCGAUAUAUGGAUGUCGGGGCAGAACACGAUAUUCAGAAGCAGCGGGAAGAGAAGUGGCGUUGGAAGGCGGAGCUGCAGAGGCUCGAGAACCGUGCACAGGAACUUCAAAACGAGACUGGCCCUCUGUCGGUUACAUUUGACAGCGUAAGAGGCAAAUUACGAGAGUUGAUGCUUUUGCAAGACAACGCCGAGGGUGACAACGAUACGAUUGGGAUCGACGAGUCAACAUUGACUCUCUUAAGUAAAUUAUCGGAGGCAGCUGAGGCUGAAAGACUUGGCAUCAGGGAACGAAUCGCCGAACUCAAACAGCACCUCGGUGGCCAGUUUGCUGAUAACAAAGACGUUGUCUAUCGUUUAUAUGCGGUAUUUAUUCAUCGGGGCUCAGCAUCGGCUGGCCAUUAUUGGAUCUAUAUCUUCGACUUUGAACGGAAGAUAUGGCGUGAGUACAACGAUGAACAGGUGUCGGAAGUGAAGAAACUGUCGACAAUUUUCGCACCGCAGACAGGUGCCCACUCCCCGUCACCGUAUUUCCUGGUGUACGUCUACGAUUCUCACAAGGAGCGGCUUACGCAGCCAAUUUUCCGAACUGUAAGAGACAUACCCUCUGAUACAAUGAUGACGGAUGCGCCAGCGACGGAAACGGACAGACGUCCUCGGUCGAUGAUCAGACGUCCUGCCAGGCGAAGGAGUUCGCUCUCGCAUGAGAUGGUACGUGAAGACAUGGAAAUGGCAGACGCGCCACCAACCUAUGAAGAAGUAACGUCUUCGGAUCACCAGGAUAUGGGAAAUGAUGAAAGCGCGAUCAACCGACAACCCAGUAGUUCCCGUCAGGUCUCUGUCGAGUGUGCGGCACCCGUGGGUCUCGAAGGUAUGGGAAAGGCUCAUUCCCCCAUCCCAAAAGACCGUAAUUCUCAUCCGCCAUCUGGCGAGGCCGCGGCCCGUGAAUGA